GAGUUUGUUCAAAUCAUCAUUAUAAUUGUGGUUAUAACUGUUAUGGUGGUAGUGAUCAUCUGCCUGUUGAAUCAUUACAAACUGUCGACACGCUCCUUUAUCAACCGACAGAGCCAAAGCAGAAGACAGGAAGAAACUCUGCAGACGGAAGGGUGCUUGUGGCCUUCAGAAAGCACGGUUUCACGCCAGGGUGCUUCAGAGGUACAAAUUUCUUAUUGUCCUCCAAGGUCCAGGGACAGGUUUACCGCCCCGUCUUUUAUGCAGCGGGACCGUUUCAGUCGCUUCCAGCCCACUUACCCUUACAUGCAACAUGAGAUUGACCUUCCUCCGACCAUCUCCCUCUCUGAUGGGGAGGAGCCACCGCCAUACCAAGGCCCCUGCACCCUGCAGCUCCGGGACCCAGAACAGCAGAUGGAGCUCAACCGGGAAUCUGUCAGGGCACCGCCCAACCGAACCAUUUUUGAUAGCGACUUGAUAGACAUCUCGAUGUACAAUGGGGGCCCCUGCCCACCAAGCAGCAAUUCGGGCAUAAGUGCAACCAACUAUAGCAGUAAUGGAAGGAUGGAAGGACCACCCCCGACGUACAGCGAGGUCAUGGGGCAUUACCCAGGCUCCUCUUUUUUCCAUCACCAGCACAGCAACGUGCCUCCUUCCUCGCAGAGGGGGAGCAGACUUCAGUUUCAGCAGAACAAUUCAGAGAGCACAAUAGUCCCCAGCAAAGGCCAAGACCGGAAACCAGGAAACCUGGUCUAAGUUACUGGCCCAGGUGCGUUCGAACUGAAGACAAGGGAGUGAAGCAGGGCAGUGGAGGAAGAUGCCCCCGUGCUCCGGUGCACAAUGUUGUUACAUUUCACAUGGUACAACUUAGUAAAACCAAACGUGCAAACCA